AUGUCAAGUAAUCCAUCGUCUCCGCCCCCUCUCUCCCAUAUACUGGAGACAUGUAUCUAUGCGCGAGAUCUGUCGGCUUCAGUUGAAUUUUACAAGGGCAUCUUCAACAUAAAGCCGUUUCUUGAAACGCCCCGGAUGUCCGGAUUCUCCCUGGGACAGACAACUCUGCUUCUCUUCCAGAUCGGAAGUACGCAUGAGGAUGUUCAUCUACAAAAUGGCACGAUUCCCGGGCAUGGUCCCACCGAAACAAUCAGACACAGUCUCCUCACACCAAGCGACACUCCUACGGAAAAGAACCCUAAACUGAAGCAACAUUUCUGCUUAGCGGUGAAUAACCCUGAGGACGUGGAUCGGUGGGAUGAGCAUUUGAGAAAUAAAGGUGUCAAUGUGACUGCCAGGAUGAAGUGGGAGCGAGGAGGGAGGAGCAUCUAUUUUGAGGAUCCGGAUGGACAUGUGGGCGAGAUCGCAUCGAGGGGUUUAUGGGCACACUAUUGA